AUGGCCCUGGACACUCCACGCUCCUUUGGGAAGGGAGAUAGGUUGUUGCCCGGGGACCCACUAGGCGCUUCAUACCUCUAUACACCUGAAACAUCGCUUACCCACCUCGGCGAUUUUCAAGGAAGACCUGAGACGCAGCAGCCAGGAUGGGACAGGGUGGAACAAAGUUGCUCUUCAUUACCAAGGGUAACCAGAGAGUCGGUGAGACAGUACCUGCAGUUCAGACCAGACCAAUCAGUGCUCAUCCUUCAUGCCAAAGUUGCUCAGAAGUCCUAUGGCAACGAGAAACGAUUUUUCUGUCCUCCUCCAUGUGUGUACCUUUGUGGCCCAGGAUGGAAUCUCAGGCAAGAGCAUCUCAAAGGAUCAGGUCUCAGUGAGUCUAGCCAUCAUCUGUGUGGGUAUAUGGGUCUGGACAGCUCUCCAGGGUCACAGGCAGAUGGCUUCAAGCUAAGCUUCGAGGAACAAACAGACAAGAUGUUUGCCUGUGCUAAGACUCUGUAUAUCUCAGAUACGGAUAAGAGGAAACACUUCCGUUUGCUGCUCCGACUGUUUCACAAUGGAGGGCAGCAGAUUGGCUCUUUCCAAAGUGGACUUAUUAAAGUCAUUUCCAAACCAUCACAGAAGAGGCAGUCCAUGAAGAAUGCAGACUUAUGUAUUUCAUCAGGUUCCAGAGUAUCAUUAUUUAACCGCUUGAGAUCUCAAACAGUCAGUACACGGUACCUUGCUGUGGAGGGUGGAGCUUUUGUGGCCAGUGCCAGACAAUGGACUGCUUUUACUGUCAUUCUAGUGGAGGAGCAGCAGGCUGACCACAGUGAUUACUCUGUGUGUGAGAGUUAUAUAUGCUAUGGUUGUGUGGUUCAACUGGUAUGCACUGAUUCAGGAGUCGCAUUGCCACCCAUGGUCAUCCGUAAGGUGAAUAAGCAGCAUGCUUGCCUAGACGUGGACGAGCCUGUGUCCCAGCUUCAUAAAUGUGCCUUACAGUUCAGGGACAGCAAGCACAUGUACCUCUGCCUCUCCAAUGAAAAAAUCUUGCAGUACCAGGCCUCCCCCUGUCCAAAGGAAAGCAGUCGAGAGCUGCUGAAUGAUGGAUCAUGUUGGACCAUUAUUGGUACAGAGAUCAUGGAGUACACCUUUAGCGAGAGCCUCACCUGUCGCCCAUCCACCAUCAGCCCUGUGCCUGUCAUCAAUGGACUGGAGCUAAAUGGAGGAGGCCAUGUAGCUAUGUUAGAGCUCCAUGGAGACAACUUCAGCCCCCACUUAAAGGUCUGGUUUGGGAAUAUGGAAGCUGAAACCAUGUUCAGGAGUCCCAGGUCUUUGCUAUGUGUAGUCCCUGAUAUUUCAGUCUUCAGCGGGGAGUGGAGGUGGCUCAGGCAGCCUUUCACAGUGCCCUUAUCUCUGAUUCGAUUGGAUGGGCUGAUCUACCGUAGCGCUUUCGUGUUCACCUACACCCCGGAGCACAGCCCUUCCCCUCAACCCUGUGUCACUACUGAGAGAGCUGCCAGUUCAGACACGCUCAUAGAUACCAUACACCAGGAGUUCACCAGGACUAACUUCCACCUAUUCAUGCAGAGCUGA